AUUGUCUGCUUAUAUUUGAGACUGCAUUGAAUUUAUAAAUAGAAGCCUGAUAAUUUUCGUAUCUGACGACAGGAUUGUAUAACGUUAAGAGCACAUAAAAAGAAGUUUCAACGUUGAUACCCUUUGCUUAUGUAGGAUAAUGGAACUGACUGAGUCAGAUAAAUAUGACCGGCAGUAUUCGCUGACGUAGUUUUGGGGGCAUUGUGAAGCAGGGGAGCUCGUGUAGUGAAUAGCUUGUGCAGAUUUUAAAUAGCGUUUUUGGGCUUCAGUAUUGUUUAGGCACGAAUAACCAGGGCACUUAACACAAGGCUUUUCGAACACUUGCAACGUUAAAGGGGGCACAUUUAGAUAUAGACACACCAGUCUUAUAACAAAGCAUUUGGCCAGACUGCGCGCUAGCAAAGCUAAUCGUUCCACUUACUCAAAAGACGCUUUCAAAGGAAAUGCGGUCGAUUUGAAUUUAUUAACGUAAAUUGGAGUUGUCUAAAUGGUCGAGGGGAGAUAAUAACUGUUCUCUCAAAAUAGUUAACAACACAGACAAUUUUUCAAUCGCUGGUGUAAUCUACAGCCAUCGGGGUGGACUUUGUUAAAACAGAAACAUCUCAGAUUUGACUCGCGAUUCUGGAUUUGCCAGCCUACUACCGCUGUUUUCUCUUGAUUUCGACAUUUAGGGCAACCGCAUUACUAAAUCGUUCAGUGCUUAUUAGUUACAUCAGUACGUUGUUCCACGUUAAUCUACGUUAUGUGAAGAAUGCAGCUGUCAUUAUGGCGAUAAUCGCGAAAAGAAAGAUGCACAGAGAUUCAUAUCCUGAAAUUAAAAUAAGGUAGCUUAUUUCACUAGCUUUCAGUACGAGCUAGCUGUUCCUUAGCUAUCUAGCUAGCAAAUUUAGUCACCCUGCUAGUGUGUUUGCUGAGGAGGCCAGUUAACUGUUAUCAGCUUUUUCUUCCAGCGUCAUAGUGGUUAUGGUAAUCGACUUGAAUGUAACUCACUUAGUCGGCUAUCUAAGAAGCUGGCUCUUGUGUUUAUAAACAAUAACGAUAACGCUAGUGUUUUUAAGUAGGGUUUGUUAGGAUUUAGCUAACAGGCUAAUUACUUAGCUGAGCUAAAGCUAACGUUGUAGCUACCCAUUAACGUUACAAAGUAACGACAGCCAUCACUUAUUGAUAAGUUAUUGAGUUUAAUUGACAGGCAGGGAACAAACGUUUUAGUUCGAGACAAACAAUGGCAACCCCAACAAACGAGGCCUUGUUUUUGAUAAAGGAUGUGAAGCCUGGGUCGAAAAAUUUGAAUAUCGUAUUCAUCGUAUUGGAAAUAGGGCGAGUAACCAAAACGAAAGAUGGUCACGAGGUGCGCUCGUGCAAGGUGGCAGACAAGAGCGGGAGCAUUGCUAUCUCUGUUUGGGACGAACUCGGCAGCCUUAUUCAGCCAGGGGACAUCAUCAAGCUGACCAGAGGCUAUGCAUCCAUAUGGAAAGGCUGCCUGACCUUAUACACUGGAAGAGGAGGGGAUCUACAGAAGAUUGGAGAGUUCUGCAUGGUGUAUUCAGAAGUGCCCAACUUCAGUGAACCAAACCCAGAGCUACUAGCCCAACCAAACCAGCAGAACAAGUCUGGUAAACCAGACCAGAAUCAGAGGGGGAACUCUCCGCCCAAUCAGAAUUCAGGUACACCUGCCCCACCAGGUAAUGGUGCCAUGCCGCCAUUUGCCAACAACAACAACCCACCACCUGGUGCACCUCGUGACCCUGCGUUCGGAAGCAUUGGGCGGUCCAACGGUCGGUCACCUGGCAACGGAGCACCUCCAGUUACUGUAGCAGGACCCCCAACAGCCGCAAAGUCUUCAGUUACCAUUAGCAACGGCAGGGACCCACGGCGUGCCAAAAGAUGAAAUUGGGGUUAGGGGGGGAUCAUGUGGGAAAACUAUGGACGUCCCCAUUUCCCCCUGCCCAUUUUUUUUUUUACAUUUCUGCCCCUUCCCCGUUACAGCCUAUUGGCUUUCAAAACAAUUAAAUUUGGGACUACUUGCAUCACUUUUAUAAAGGCUAUCAUAGUCAGAUGUGUCGUUUGUCAUGCGUAGUGCAAGUAGCGCUCUCAGUAAGCAGCACAUUGUGAAUGUGAUCUACCACUUGAUGCACUAGCAGGACUUUUUAUAUAGUCAAGCCUUGGUGCUUGAGUUGUGGUCAGCCUUCUCACUCCACAUCCUUGUCCUCAAAAUCUCACUGCAAAUUGCCAGUUCUGUGCCAGUGUUACCCCCGUACACUGUCCUAACCCCCUUCCCUGUUAGGUUUCAAACUAUACACCCUACUUGAACACUUGACGCACUUUCUUCUCUUAAUUUAUGUCGAGGCAAGGUUGCCUGUUAUUUAAAUCAGGAAAUUCCGAAAAUCCGUUUCUGCCUUUUUUAAUAGGAAAGGCCUUAAGUUGGUGGAAAUGAGUUGUUUGGACUGAAUGCACAAGUGACAUUCUUCAAAGGGUCUUCUCUCCCUUAACCAAACUGUAUCCAAAGUGACUCUGUGACAGGAAAGGUGUUAGUUUUGAAUUUUUAAUGAUGGGUAGGAACAUAAAUAUUAAACUGUUUAAAUUAAUUUUUUUUUCUUUUUUCCACAAGACAUGUUUUUCUUGUUUGCCAUCAAUUGUACCUUGAUCAAGGUGGGACCACUUAAAUACUGGCGAAACGGUUCACUGAAUAAAUUUUACAGUAAUUCUGCUGCCACA